AUGCAGACAGCUUCUACAAACAUUUGUUGCCACCUGUGCAAUAAGUCCAUCCGUGAAAUUUCCUUGCUACUAAAUAUUCCACGGUCACCUGUUAGUGGUAUUAUAACAAAGUGGAAGCAACUGGGAACAACAGCAACUCAGCCAAAAUAUGGUAGGCCACCUAAAAUGACAGAGCGGGGGCAGCGCAUGCUGAAGCGCACAAUGCACAGACGUUGCCAACUGUCUGCAGAGUCAAUAGCUGAAGACCUCCAAACUUGGUGUGUCCUUCAGAUUAGCACAACAACAGUGCAUAGAGAGCUUCAUGGAAUGGGUUUCCAUGGCUGAGCAGCUACAUCCAAGCCUUAAAUCACCAAGUGUGAUGCAAAGUGUUGGAUGCAGUGGUGUAAAGCACACCGCCACUGGACUCUAG